AGGGAGUCAAAGGAAUGACACAUUUGGAAACUAUAGGCUCUUAUUAGAAGAACUUACCAACCCUCAUUAUUGUUUUUUUUUUCAAGAAACAAUUAGUUAAUUUAACAAAUAAACAAUUUUAAUAAGCUAAAAAUAACAAAUGGUUUAUGUUGUAUAAACACACAACUUUGUGGAUCUUGUGAAUUAGUUGUCCUCUUCUCUAAAACAUUUUCAACAAAGAAAACGGUAAUAAGAGAGAAGAGGUAGUAAACAAGAUCAGAAUCUUUAACAUUUUCAAAACAAAUGGCGACCAAAGCCAUCUUCUUCUUCUUUGUCUCGGCCGUGUGCCUGUCCUCUCUCGCCGGCGUUGCCAACGCUGACGCCGACGACUUUGACAGUUUCCAAAUCCAGGGAUCGGUUUACUGUGACACUUGCCGUGUCCAAUUCGUUACCCGCCUCAGCCAAUUCCUUGAAGGUGCGAAAGUGAAGCUAGAGUGCAGGAGUAGAACAAACGGAACUGUAACGUUGACUAAAGAAGCCGUGACGGACAAAUCAGGAAGCUACAAAAUGGAAGUCACCGGUGACCACGAGGAGGAAGUCUGCGAGCUCGUGCUCCUCCAAUCACCAGACAGUGGUUGCAGCGACGUCAGCACAGAGGCUUACCUACGUAACGCCGCUAAGGUUAGUCUGACCGCGAAUGACGGUAUCGUCUCACACGAGACACGUAUCGUUAACCCCCUUGGUUUCAUGGUUAAGACGCCGUUAGCUGAUUGUCCCGCCGCAUUUAAGGAGCUUGGAAUCGUCCCUGACGUCAUCUUCUAAAUAUGAUGACGACUUGUACCAAUUCAAGAUCGUUAUUUAACUGUCAUGUAUUAUUUGCUUUCUUGUAUACAGAAAAAGUAAUUUGAUAAAAAUACAAAAAUGCGGCAAUUCUAUAUUUAUUAUAUUUUUUCAAGCAGCAAAUUAAAUUAUCAUCAUAUACAUAUAGUGUGUCU